CCUCGGCCGCUGCGACAACGUAAUCGCGCUCAGGCCGAGGGGACGGGGCUCGCAGUGACGCCCUGACCGUGUGAGGGGAAGGUUGUGUGGUUCUGCCAAACGGGGUUGGAAGGCAGAUGCAGGCGCGUUGAGUCAAGUUCAGCUUCCCUUGGAGAAGAUCGGAAGAUCCAUACUGAAAUGAUCCCCGAGAGAGAGGACGGGGCAGCUGUGAGCUCGGGUCCUCCGCCGCAGAAGCCUGAGUACCCGUCCUCACUCGACGUGGAUGUGUGUGCGGGGCAGAGGGCGGCGCCGGUCGGGUGGCGCGGCUGGGUGAAGGGCGUCACCUACGUCCUCCUGUGGUACGGCUCAAUCGUGAUGGGAUUCUUCUCUCUCUACUGCCCGGUGCUGCCUCUGCUGUUAGUGCACAGGCCUACUUACCGCCGCGCCACAGAAGUCCUUUUCAGCACGUGGGAAAGUUUCGCUGUGGCCCUCAUGGAAGUCCUUUAUGGCGUCCGUUUCUUCCUCUCCGGCGACCUGAUCCGUCCUGGCGAGCGCUCCCUCAUCAUCCUCAACCACAGGAACCGCCUGGACUGGAACUUCUUCUGGGGCGCCCUGGCACACGCCGCCUCGCCGCCCGCACACAACUGCAAGAUCGUCCUCAAGUCGGGCAUCAGGAAGUUCCCGGCCCUCGGGUGGAUCAUGCAGAUGUCUUGCUUCCUGUACAUCCGACGCCGCUGGGAGGACGACCAGAGGCUCAUGGCCAACGUCCUCGACUACUUCAAGGACAUCAAGCACACGUUCCAGGUCCUUCUGUUUCCCGAGGGCACCAACCUGACCCCGGAAACGAAAGCGAAGAGCGAGAGUUACGCCAAGAAGGCCGGCCUGCAGCCCUUCCAACACGUCCUCAUCCCGCGCACGACAGGAUUCACUUACCUCGUCAACAAGAUGCGUUCAGGAGAGCAGCUGGAUGCCGUCUAUGACGUAACAGUGGCAUAUCCCAAGACCCUUCCGCAGACGGAGCUGGACGUCCUGAGGGGCCGCCUACCCGAGGAGGUUCACUUCCACAUAAAGAGGCACCACGCCAGCUCCCUCCCAAGCACUGACGAAGGCCUGAAAGCUUGGCUGAUGACCGCGUGGACUGAGAAGGACGAGUUGCUCCGGACGGCUCUGGGUCAAGGCCACUUCCCGGGGUGCGGCACAGCGACCCCCAACCCCCCUGUCAACGCGUCCUAUUUGUCCAUUCUCUUCUGGAUGCCCUUAACUAUAGGUAAUUCGGUAUAAAGAUUACAUUGAAAUCUCUCUCUCUCUCAUCCGCCCAUCCCCCUCUGUCCCUUGUUGUCUCUCCUUUGGUCCCCAAGAGAGUUGAUACCAUCUCAGAUACGCCCCUUUGUAUGGAAAUGAAGACAGGACAUUUCUUCUUAACUAUAAACAAUAGAGAGCAAGGAAAACAAAGUAUAUACUUAGAAACAGAUGCAAAAACACACAUUUAAGUUGUAUAUAAUUUAGGCACAGACACA